AUGAUGAUGCAAAUCUAUGCAAGGACUCUUUCAGAACAGACCAUACCACUUGACGUUGAAAGCUCCGACACCAUCAAUAAUGUCAAGGCAAAGAUCCAGGACAAAGAAGGCAUUCUUCUCGACCAGCAAAGACUCAUCUUUUCCGGUAAACUGUUAGAGGACGGCCGUACCUUGGCGGAUUACAACAUUCAGAAGGACUCAACCCUCCACUUGACUCUCAAGUUGAGAGGAGGUAUGCAAAUCUUUGUUAAGACUCUUACGGGCAAGACCAUAACUCUCGAGGUCGAAAGCUCAGACACAAUUGACAACGUCAUGGCAAAGAUUCAAGACAAAGAAGGAAUCCCUCCGGACCAGCAGAGGUUGAUAUUUGCUGGUAAACAGCUCGAGGAUGGCCGUACUCUAGCAGAUUACAACAUCCACAAGGAGUCAAGCCUUCACCUUGUCCUUCGUUUACGCGGUGGAAUGCAAAUCUUUGUGAAAACUCUCACUGGUAAAACCAUUACCCUAGAAGUUGAAAGCUCAGACACAAUUGGUAACGUUAAGGCGAAUGAUGUAAGUCCUUUUGUCGGUUUUAUAGGAUUAAACCUAGGUACCACUAACUCGAAGUAG